AUGGCCCCAUCGGUGGUUGUGGGAUGUCUUUGGUUUGUUAUGAUUGCCUUCAUGUUCUUCGCGCAGCAUCAUGUGUGUGAUGCGUACUUCGUGCCUGCGAUCAACGUAUUUGUCGGCAAGAUGAAGCGCAGUGACAACAAGUGGCUACAGCGAUGGGGUGAGGAGGCAGUGGCUGGAGCCACGAUCUGCGCCCUCGGAUGCAAUGGUCCUGAAAUGUUUACCAACUUGAUUUCACUUUACACCGGUUCUGAUGCGGGAAUUGGUGUUGUGGUCGGUUCAGAGAUCUUCAAUCUUCUCAUCAUUGUGGGCUUGACAAUAUCAGCAGCACCAGUUGUGCCGCUUGCAUUGGAGCGGGUCCCCUUUGCUCGCGACUGCCUCUUCUAUGCGUUGUCCAUCGUCUUGCUUUACUGGGCGCUCCUUGACCACAAGAUUGAGUCGUACGAGUCAUGGGUGCUGCUCGCAGCAGCCGGCGUCUAUGUCGCUUGCGUGUACUUCACAGAUGAUUUGAUUCAAUGUAUCCCGGCUCUUAAGCCUGCGCCGAAGGUGGAGGACUUGGAAUCUCCAUCCAAAAAGAUGGGCAAGAUGCAUGGCGUUGAUGUUGCUGUGGAAGAGAUCUUGCACGGUCGUAUGGUUGAUGCUCAUGCGCCUGCUGUUGAAAAAUGGAACCUGGAAGCCACGGAGCAUGGAAUCUACGCAGAGCAGAAGAACAAGCCCACAGAGCCAGAGCAGAAGUCCGGGAGGGCCUCCAUCGGUUUCACGUUCGAAGGCGGAGAUGCCAUGUUGGGGUCCGUGCUUAAGUACAAGGACUUGAAAGAAGUGGUUCUCAUGGACAUGGGCGUGAUCAAUUUGGAGUUCAUCCACAACCUGCAGCACAUCACCUUGAAGUUGACAGUGGAAGAUGCGGCCAAGCGCACAGAGCUUCUGAAUAACAUUCAGGCGCAUUCGCUUGGCAGGCCUUGGGUCCAUGGCUAUGAUGCAACAAUUAUAGGUGCUUGGCAGCAUCUUCGCCACAGCAUGAUGUCGAAGGAUCCUCUCUUUGAUAAACUCCUGGCAAUCCCUCAUUUCAUCAUUGAUGCCAUUCUGAAGCUCACGCUCUUCGCUGUGGAUGUGAAGGACGUGUCCAAGGAAGGCCGCUGGCCUUUAUGCUUUGUGGGAGCGAUGUUCUGGUUAGCCAUCUUCUCCUUCUUAAUGCUGGAAAUUGCCAAUGAGAUCCACUAUAACAUCCCUGCGCUGCCAAACAGUUUCCUUGGGAUAACUGUUUGUGCCAUUGGUACAUCAUUCCCCAAUGCUGUGGCCUCUGUUCUGAUGGCGCAGCAGAACAAGCCAGCAGCGGCGAUCGCCAAUGCCCUGGGCUCAAACGUUCAGAAUGUCUUCCUUGCAAUGGCAUUGCCUUGGGUCAUCUUCCAGUUGCAGUACGGGGGGAAGCCCAUUGAUCAAAAUGUCGCAGGCAUCAACGAGGGAGUUCUAUGGAUGAGUGGCACCUUGAUCUUGGUGGUGGUCUUUGUUCUCAUGCCGCCUUUUUGCAAACUCUCAUAUGCAUACGGUCCGAUCCUUGUCCUGGUAUACCUGGCUUACUUAGUGGUGACAAGCGGGGAGACUUUCCACUGGUGGCCUCCGCUUGUGAAGUGA